CCCUUUUCCAAUCUUUCUUCCUCUCAACCCUAUACCUUAUUUCUGAAUUCCUUUCUUGUGAUUUCUUGUUCAGAAAAUAAACAAAUUCAGUAGCCUUAGACACACUAAAAUCUCACGAUUCUUUUGGAGUAAGAUAUAAUCAAAGCUUAAGAAUAUUGCAAGCUAUGAGGCGAGGUGGGUUUGGAAUGAAGAAUAAACUGUUGAAUGUUUUGAGAUCAUCAUGCAACGGGCUGAAACCUAGGCAUCCCAACGCGGUGGCUGAUGCUGCUUCCGCCCAAUAUUCAUCAUCCGCGACCCAAAAAUCAUUGGCUACUCGUCCUAUUAAUGGGAACUCUAUUCUAUGCAGAAAUGAGUGGGCUAGGAAACAUGCUCUGGUCCAUCGGUCACCAUUUCAACUUUCUGGAAGUGCCGGGCAGCAGAUUAGCCGAUACUGCUAUGCGAGAUCCUUUGCAUCCCAGCCUACGGCGUCACACAAAUCAAAAGGAUCACAGACUCGAAAAGAGCUCUCCAACGUCGAGGACCCUUUUGAUUCCCCGACUUAUAAUAUUCCAGAGAAGCCAGUAACGUUCACGGAGGGAGCUUCUUAUAGUCUUGUAAUUCUUGCCGGCCUUGGCAUUGCUGGUGCUGCAGCAUAUGCAGUUUGCAAAGAACUUAUAUUUGAACCAAAAGAGUACAAAAUAUUCAACAAGGCUCUUGAAAGGGUUCAAAGUGACAGCCAAGUUAGGGUAAGAAUCGGAUCUCCUGUCACUGGCUAUGGAUCAGAAAGCAGGAACCGUGCUGCUCGUCAACGGGUUCCUCACAAGAUAUGGACUGAUGAUGAUGGCACUGAACAUGUACUGGUUAAUUUUUUCAUUCGUGGACCACAUGGAGCCGGCAAAGUUAUGUCGGAGAUGUUCAAAGACAAGGUGGACAAGGAAUGGAAGUUCAUGUAUCUAAUUGUUGAACUCACUUCACCUUCCCAAACUCAACUCAUGCUCGAGUCUUAUAUUCCAGCCUAAGAGCAUACCGGCUGAUCAGUUAUGUUCGGUGUCUAGAUAUUUGGCCUCAAUGUGAUCCCCGUCAGCUAAUAUCGAUGUUUUAAGUUUGUUUUGAAAUGAUGGCGCGGGCAUGAAUAAUAUAUCAGUUGAGCAGUGCUGAAAUCAUAUUUGGCAGCAAUUUGAUUGUACUUUAGCUAAUUUGCUUGCUGAUUCUUAUCUUUUUCCUACUUCCAUUAUGUUGAAUGUUAAACAUUUGUUGCAUUGGAACGCUUCAAAAUCUGAGUUAUCUGUGGAACUAUGGUGGUACAAUAUCCACAUGUAUGAGAAGAAAAUUUUUUGUUUGGAUU